AUGAGUAAGGAAUAUGGCAGUACCGAAAAUGAUAAUAAAAAAACGUUGUCUGAAUAUUCAGAACAAUUAGAAAAGCAUUCAGAAAAAUACGGCGCACAAAAGUAUGAUUACUUGCAAUUUAAUAUUCUCAGCAUUAUUGGGUAUGGUGGAUCCGCAAUAGUGUAUUCUGCUACGUUUCAAGAGGAGAAGGAGAAGUAUGCAUUAAAAAGUUUGAACAACAACCUAAUUUUAAAUUAUAAGUCAUUUAAAAAACUUGCCCGUGAGGUAAUUGUCGGUCAUUUAAUUGUUAAAGUUAGGCAUUUGGCCUUCAACUGA